AUGAGUAAAAUACCUCAAAUCCACAAUUUCUUUGGAGCGCCAAUUAUUCCAUCAAAUACUACAGUAUCACAAGAACAAACUUGUUCAGCAGCCAAUGCCGAUCCAUGGAAGAGAACUCAGUUUUUAUAUGAUCACCAUUCCUUAACUGUUAAUGCCAAAGCAUGCAGGUAUGGUCAUCUUGAAGGCCACCAUGCAAGUGUUCCAGUUCCUUUUAAAGAACAUAUCAUGGUGAACUCUGGUAAGGCUAUAUCUUGGAAUGGUGAAGACUUUUUAACAUGUGUUCCUGAAACACAAUGUAUAGAAUCCCAGAAUACCUGCUAUAAUGAACAAAUACCUAAAUUUGAGAGCUAAGUUCAACAGCAUUUAAAUGAAAGAACAUGUUAUUAUCCUGUGAAUGAAAAUAAUGAAAUCACAGACCAGCAAGAGAAAUUUGAAUCAAAUUCCUGUUUUCAAAAUCUCUUAAGAAAAAAUUCCCAACCAAUAAAUCAGGACUAUUCCAGUAUCUGGGAUUUGGUCUACAGUACUAAGCAGAUUAAUAUAGAGUCAGAAGCUACAGAAAAUGAUCAUAUACCAUCAAAAAAUCAUGAGACAGUAAGCCAUUAUCCGGAAUUCUUUUCUCCCCAAAUAACAGAAGAGCCAGAGUCUAAAGGAGUAAUAAGGGAGAUGUCGAGCUUCAGUACAUCAAUGGACAUUGAAUUUAUUAGUAUUAUGACAUCAAGCAAGAUAGCCUUUUUAGCCCAAAGCCUGGAUAAAGAACAGAGUUUUCUAAAUAAAGGAACUACAAGCAUGAAACCAGAACCAAAGGAAAGUUGUAGGGAAAUGAGGCUAGAAAAUUCCAAUAAUUUUGUGGAUGGACCAAAUCAAGCCAACUCCCUUGAACUUUUUAUUCCUAAUUGUCCUGAGACAACAAGCAACCUCACUACCUUAAACUGUAACAAAGGAAUCAAAGAAAAUAUAGGAUCACAAGAACUUUUCAAAACUCCUAAUGAACAACCUACAGAUGAUUUUUGUAUUGAAUCAUUUAGCACAAGAAAAAUUUGUUCCCAACAAAAUCCUUUACAUAAAGUUUCUACUAAAAGAAAUUAAACUUCUGAAGAUAAAUCAGGUCCUUCAAGUACUGUCUCAGAAUCCCUCUAGGGACCCAAGAGAGUUAAGUCAGUUUGUUCUUCAGAUACCCAUCAGAUUUCUUCCAAAGCUCUUCCUGAAAAAAAUGUAUCUAGGCUUGGCAAGUUCUUUAAAAAGACAUCUCUGCUUAAAAACUGUGUUUGCAAAAACUAGAAAUAUAAUUGUUUGGUUAUGGCCUCACAUCCGUGUCUUGUGAAGGAAAUACACAUAAAAACAGGACCAAAUUCUGGCUGUGAAGUUCCUUUGGCAACUAUUACAGUAACCGACCAAUCAGAAAUUAAGAAGAAGGUUGUGCUGUGGCGUGACAUUGCCUUUGGUGUGCUAACAGUAUUUCCUGGAGACAUAAUUUUACUAACAGAUGUCACUAUACACGAUAGGGAAACAGUCCUACAGUCUACGUUUACCAGUCAAUUACUGAAUCUGGGGAGUUGCUCAUCUGUCCAGCCUAAAGAAUACUCCUGUAAAGUCAGUGUUACAGUUCUUCAAGAUUUGUUGGAAUAUAUCUCUUCAAAGCAUUCCUAUAUUGUAAAUCUCCCUUUCAGACAUCCUCAGAAAUUGGAAAGUAUACAGUAUAUAGAAUUGGACAAGCUUCAGUCAAAUACAUUAGUCCAUUCAAUACUAAAAGUUGUCAGUAUCACAAUACUAACAGAGACAGUAUAUGGUAACAGAGGACAGAAACAAAGAAAAAUUAUUUUAAUAGUAGAACAGGUCCAAGACCAACAUUUUACACUUGUAUUAUGGGGUCCUGGAGCAGCCUGCUACUCAGAGCUUCAAAGAAAGAAGGAUCAUCCUUGGGAAUUUAAGUAUCUCCUCACUCUGGAUAAUCCCACAUUAGAAAAUCUAGAAUUACACACAACCCCAUGGUCCUCCUGUGAGUGUCUCUUUGAGGAUGACCUGAAGGCAAUUGAAUUUAAAGCAAAUUUCCAAAAAAGGGAAAGAUACCUUGUGAAGAUCUCACAUUUAUCUGACCUGAUGGAAGAGAAGCGCUCUGGAGUGGUUCAAGUAAAAGCCCAGAUCUUAGCAUUAGUGUUUCCUUUUGCUGCCCAUGAGAGCCAGCAGUUUAUCCUAGAUGCCAGCACUUCUCUGGAGGAUAUUCUGACCUGUCUGCCCACCAUUACGUAUUCAGGCUGUAAAACAUGUGGAGUGGAAUUAGAAACUGAUGAGAACAAGAUCUACAAACAGUGUGUCACCUGCUUGCCAUUUGCUAUGGUGAAAUUGUAUUACAGGUCAGCUCUGAUGACUGUGUCUGAUGGUAGGAAUGAGGUUUGCAUUCAUUUUGGAUCAGAGAUGAUACAGAAGAUUCUUCUCAAUAUUCUGCCUGACUGGUUAAGCAGAGUUGUAGUUCCAUCCUCAGGUAUCACAUAUGGAAUGGUUGCAGCAGACCUGUGCCACUCGUUGCUAGUAAGCAGAGAAAGAGCUUACACACUGAAAAUUCAAAGCCUUAUUAUUCUAGAUGAAAACAGCUACCCUUUGCAACAAGACUUCUAUCUGCUGGAUUUUCAUACUGACUUUGAAGGUGACUCUCCAUAGUCAUAUAAGUGAUCAGAAGACCAAACCACUGGUAAUUGGAGGAGAAAUAUAAUGAAAUGAUUUGUCUUUUGAAAUGAAGAAA